AUGGUGUUGUUCGAAUACCUUCAGAAGACUUCACAGUUUUGUGCGCUUGAGAACGAUACUCUCGAUGGAUUUGCCAACAUUAAUGGAUAUAAAUAUGAGAGAGAACAAGUGCCGGAACCUUCGGUGGGCUUAUUGGGAUCGGCCACGAGGAUUUUGAGAACCGGAGCCGAUGUCCUCAACAAUAAGAUACGACAAGCCCGAGAUGGGUUGACAGAGAAAGAAAGAUUAGCCUUGCGCAAAAAGGAAGAGAGAAUGCAAAUCUUGAAUCUACGGUUGAAGAACGCCGAAAUGGUGGAAUAUUGGAGGGCCGCAGCGAAGGAAUUAGAUAUACUCGAGGAUAACGAAGCAUGGAAACUCGAUUCAUCGUCGGCAGAUUUCGACGCAGCGUUAAUCGAAGCAAGGACCAAACAAAUGGAUACGGCGAGGAUUGAUUGUGAUAUCAAGAAGAUGCUUACCUUGGUGCGCACAACCUUGUCGAGAGAUCUAGGAGGCAUGGGUAACAUCAGGUUGUACAAGCAUAGUCACAUUGGGACGAAGGUUAUCAUAGAGAGAUAUAUUGAGUCGACAUUGGAUACGAUACGUGCGCUGGUUGAGACUAGCAAAUACGCUUUACCAGUUGGAUUGGAAACGAAGGAUAUACUAGAGCAGGUUGUGUAUGCCAGACAGGCAUUUGGGAGAAGUGCGUUGCUAUUGAGCGGGGGAGGAACUUUUGGAAUGAACCACGUCGGGGUGUUAAAAGCUCUUUUCGACGCUCGUCUGCUGCCAAGAAUCAUAUCGGGUGCUUCUGCGGGUAGUAUCGUUUGUGCCGUGUUGUGCACAAGAACUGAUGAAGAGAUUCCGGACGUAUUGAAAAGUUUCCCGCAUGGAGAUCUUGCAGUGUUUGAAGAAAUCGGCAAUGAGGAUGGGGUCCUGGAUAGGCUACGACGCUUGUUGACAGAAGGAGCGUGGAUAGAUAUCAAGCAUUUGACGAGAGUGAUGCGCGAACUUUUGGGUGAUAUGACAUUUCAAGAGGCGUACAACCGUUCUCGUCGUAUUCUUAACAUAUGUGUAUCGUCCGCGUCAGUAUACGAGUUACCUCGACUGCUCAACUACAUUACUGCGCCGAAUGUCAUGAUUUGGUCGGCUGUAGCUGCAUCAUGUUCAGUACCCUUACUAUUUUCUGCAGCGGAGUUACUCGUGAAGAAUCCGCUCACAGGAGAAAAAUCAUCUUGGGAUCCUACACCUCAGCGUUGGAUCGAUGGAAGUGUGGAUAACGAUCUUCCGAUGACUCGUUUGGCAGAAAUGUUCAAUGUCAAUCAUUUCAUCGUUUCUCAAGUCAAUCCUCAUGUCAUUCCAUUUAUCACCAAGGAAGAGGAGGCGAUUAAAGAAGCUGUACUGAAAGAGUGUGAUGGGGGACCAGGCUGGGUUUACAACCUAACAAAAUUGGCAAAGGCUGAAGCUUUGUACCGCAUGCAAGUUUUGGCUGAACUAGGAGUAUUCCCAAAUCUGGUUACUAAAUGCAAGUCUAUCCUGAGUCAAAAAUACUCUGGGGAUAUCACAAUCCUACCAGAAAUCAGCUACAAGGACUUUCCCAGGAUAUUGAAGAAUCCAACGUCGGAGUUUAUGGUUCAGGCUUGUUUGGCAGGGGAGAGAGCUACUUGGCCAAAAUUGAGCCGCGUGUGGAAUCAUUGCGCUGUUGAGCUGGAGUUAGAUGCUGCUGUGCAGCAAUUAAGGGCAAGGGUAGUUUUCAGCCCUAGUGAGGUGAAUCUGAGGCGGUUGAGAACCAGUGAUGAUUCCCAAAAGUCUUCAAGAAUAAUGGGAAGACAGAGGACCGACAGUGGAAAUUUGUUGCUGAUGUCGCGGGAUGCAGAUGGUGAAUUUUCAGAGCAGAUUAGGGAACGCAGAAGCCCAUCUCGCCCACCACUGAGAACAACGGCAUCGGUAUUAGACAUUACACAACGUCAACAGUCUUGCCUUUAUAUUGAGCCUCGUUCUUCUCAGACUACUCCGCAGCGUACGCCACGACUCGGACGGGAAAAUGAGAUGUUUCGCUUCCCCGUUCUUGCAAAAGACCUAUUUCAAGCCAAGAACCAAAUCCCCGAAGUAUCAUCCGCCGGAGAAACAACACUUUCACCUCCGAGCUCUGACGUUGACGUUCAAUCACAAACCGAUGAAAGCAGUACAGAAAUUGAGACCGAGGAAGCUUUAUAUGGCAUAGCUAACACCCGCGAGAGGCAGCUUGAUUUCUUUUCUAGGAAUCAACCUGUUACUGCGGGAAGCGAUCGGGUUCUUGCUACAUCCCCUUCAUUCAUAAGAAAUGGACCUGAACUCACGUAUUCAGCCACGGCCAUUGCACCAAUUGAGAAGAGACCGAGAGGAGAAAGAAAGAGUGUAACUGAGCCGAAUAGUCCCGAGUUAAACUACAAGAGGUUAUUCCAUCAGUGGAAGGAAGAUGAUAUGAGAGAUGCUGCAUAG